AUGAAGUUUCCAUAUGGUGCCAAAGCGUUUGACUAUCCAUUUGGCAGUUAUGUUAAUGCUACAAAACAGUUUGAAAAAUCAGUAAAUGCUGUUGAAAAGCUGCUGAACACAAAACCGUUUGCCCUUUCAAAGGUGAAAGACAACAAUCCUAGUAAGCGAACUACGGAGAGUCAGAAGUCGGAGAAUAUGAAACAACUGCUUGAUAGUAUGACAGAGGAAGUUUGUAGAGAGGACAUAAGUAAGGAUGUAAUGGCGACUAAACAACCACUGAGUCGCGCAGAGGAGCAAAUCGCGUGCUUGGCCAACAUGUCAACGGCCAAGGAUAUGAUCAUUGAGGAGCAAAAAAAAAGCAUCAAAAAUUUAGAGCAAAAGCUGGCAGAUGAAGAAUGUGCUUGUCAACAGGCACUAGAUGACCUGAAAAAGGCUGAAAAUCGAUGUACUUAUCUUGAGGAAGAACUAAGUCUGUUGAAAAGUCUUAGCGAUGAACAAACCUGUAUGAAGCGUCAGAUAGCGGAGUUAAGAAAGGAAGAUGAAAGCAAUAGGGAACUGAUCAAAAGGCAAAAAGAGGAAAUUGAAAGACUGCAGGAAAAAAAUAGCGUUUUGGAAGCUGAAGCGGUAGAAGUGAAGUGUAAAUGCGACAGUCUGACAAAAUCACUGACUGAAGCACUAGAUUUGAAAGCCAGUUUGGAGCGUAAACUUGACAGUUUUAAGCCACUGGCAGAGCUUCGGCAAUUACAGGAUGAUAAAGAUGCUCUUAGCUAUGCGGAAAUGUAUAAGGAACUGCAGGAAACUAAAGAUCGAAAUCAACGGCUAGAGCAGGAGUUGUCUAUAAAUGCAGAGAAGAAUACACAUUUAAAUGAAAUAUGCGCUCAAGUAUUUGACGAAAACACAGCGCUUAAAGAAAAGUGUGACGAGUUACAAAAUGAGAAGUUGAGAGGAGAAGACAAGGCCAAAACUGUUAAGACAACUACGGACGAUCAAUUCACAAAUAUCCAACAGGAGAAUAGCGAGCUGAAGAAAGAAAUUGCUGGUUAUGUGGAACGCCUUGAGUCUCAGGCUGAGGCAAUUGAUUCGUUGACGAAGGAAGCACUCAACAGCGAAAACAGGGCUAAAAAAGCUGAACAGGAGCUUCGUACAUUAGAACAACGCCUAAGUGAACUGGAAAAAACAAAGCAGGUCAGAAUCACUGAAUCGUCUGGUAAAUUUCUUUAUCAUUAA